AUGGGGCCAAACAAUCGAACCCCAAAGGCGCCGCGAUGGGAGAUCAAACGCGGGACCUGGAAUGAUCCCGGCACCAAGGCAGUUGCCCCUGGCCUGGCAACCAACUUUGAGGACCUCAAGGCCAAAGACGGAGCUGACACUCGUGACAAAAGUCGCGAAUCAGCAUGGUCGGCUGGACCUCCUGCGUCGCUGGUGGGCCCGUCUGCACAGAGUGCAUCGGCGAUGGCUCGCAAGCCAGCCGAGCCUGCGUUGGUCGACAGGCAGAUCGACCCCACUUUGAACUGGGCGGACGAGAUGGCGUCAAAUGCGCCAGCCGACUCCGACCAGGAAGAUGUGGCGGAAUACACGGCGUCAGAUGCGCCAGUCAACUCCGACCGCGAAGACGACGCGGCCAACUCCGACAAAGCCAGCAUAGUCAGCUGGCUGUCAGAAAUCAAGCCAAUCGGCACGGCCAAAGCGCCUGCCGACGUCACACGUGCUCCCUCGAAGAUCCCCGAAGGACAAAAGUCCCGAACGGACAUCGAGGACGCCGAGAUGACGGACGCUCCUGCAGUAACUGAGGCUCUACGAGUCGCUGCGAAGACUUCCUCUGAGGCGCAGUCUCAAGAAGUUGCCGCAAGCGCCGUGCAGCCGAAUUCUGCACAAUCUGCCACUGUCGUGGCCGCUCCGCUUGGCGAUCAUCAAGCCCAGAGCUCAACCCGUGUCCAGAUGACAUCGUGGAAAGAGUGGAAGGCUGCUGGCAAUCCCGACUGCGAAGAUUGCAAGUCCGUUGGUCUGGCUGGCCAUCAUUCCGGACCUUGUGAUCCUGCUCGACGUGCAAAGGCAGUCGAAACCAAGCAGCGAAAGCAGAAGGAGUCUGCCGAUAAGAAGGCCGCACGUGAUGCCGAAAAGGCUGAGCGAGACGCCAAGAAGGCUGCCGCAAAGGCUGAACGUGACGCCGCAGAGGCUGAACGCGACGCCGAAAAGGCUCAGCGGCGAACGGUGUCUACGGACAAUACCACGCGCAAGGCGCAGCGGCAACAGGCCGAUCAGCCCCGCCCUGCAACCACCCCGGCUGUUGCCCAGCCGACUACAAAGGAUUCAGGAGCCGUCACGGCUACCGAGUCCGAUGCAGCCGCUGGAGCCGCGGACCAGGAAACGGGCGAAGCUCCUGCUGUGCCCCAAACCAAGGCCAAUGCUGCGCCAAAAGGCGACAAGCAAAAGACCGGGUGGAAGGGCAAGGGAGCUCAUGGCAGAGGUGAACAGACCGCGCCCCGAUGCUCCAGAUGCAAUCAGUUUGGCCAUCUGUUGCAUCAAUGCAAUAUGCCGCUGUGUCCGAGUUGUGGCAAACUCCACAGAGGUGGCUGCGCUUCUCGCUUGCCGAAGACCGAAUUCCAACAGCGACUUGAUCGCAUGAUGGACUUGGCCUCUAAAUCGAAGACCGCAUUCGAGGCGGAUGCCUGGUCCACGCGGAUCAAGGCGUUAUGCGACAGCCAAGCUGUCGAAGAACCUCAAACAGGGAGCAAGCGACGAGCUCGUUCGCCUGAUGAGGGAUCCGCCGCCAAGCGGCAUAAAGACAAGGACGCUUCUGAAAGUCGGCGUGAUCGUCGUCGUCAGUAA